GGAGAAAGAAAGAAGAAGCUGAAUCGAGUGCAAAAACAAAUUCAGCAGCGUAAAACUUUAUUAUUAUCUUAAUAAUCAAAGAUGCCGAAGAACAAGGGGAAGGGAGGGAAGAACAGGCGGAGAGGAACCAACAACGGCGAUAACGAGAAGAGAGAGCUGCUGUUCAAGGAAGACGGACAGGAUUACGCUUGGGUCCUUCGGAUGCUCGGCAACUGCCGUUUGGAAGCCGCGUGUGUGGACGGCACAAAACGGCUGUGUCACAUCCGGGGCAAAUUGCACAAGAAGGUCUGGAUCAACCCCGGCGACCUCGUCCUCCUCGGUCUUCGUGACUAUCAGGACCACAAAGCUGACGUGUGCCACAAGUACUUUCCGGACGAGGCCAGGUUGGUCAAGGCCUACGGCGAGCUGCCCGGUUUCCCUGGUGGUGGUGAUGAUUAUCAGUCGGACGAUGAUGGUGAUGGCGGUGGCGGUGUUCUGUUUGAGGACGAUGACGUUGACAGAGUCAUAGACUCUCUUAAUUAGCUAG